UAACAUCACUGUCGAAGACGAAGACAGUGAUUGUAAUCACCAUUUUGGUCGACGGCGAUGAUGUAAUCACCGUUUUGCACAACAGCGGUGAUGCAAUCACUAUUUUGGACGGCGGCGGUGAUACCUUCCCCGUUGUUUUCGAAAGCGGUGAUACCUUCCCCAUUGUUGUCGAAAGCGGUGAUUAUGAUCACUGUCUUCGUCUUCGACAGUGAUAUUGAAACUGCUGUACUUUAGGAAAUAACUUUAUAAGUACUAUAUUUAGAGAAUUUUUUUGGCAAAAUUCAUCUGUGUAGCCAAAACUUUGACGUUUGUGACAAUAAUAGCCAUUUUUGGCGAAAUACCAAAAAUAGCCAGAAUUUUGAAAGUUUGAUGACAAAUAUAGCCAUUUUCGUUACAAACUUUAACGGUGUUAGAAACUCCGUCAGAUAGGUUAACGUUAGGCUGACUAGGAUUCCAAACCAUCGCACACAUCAGCGACAACUCAGCUGUUGGUGACACGUAGAUGCCACGUGUUAUUUUAAUUUAAAAUUAAUGAAAUAAAUAAUUAAAGAAAUAAAAUAAUAAAUUUUUUAUUCUUUUGAUCUUCUCGCCUAUCUUAAUCUCCUCUCUCAUCAUAAAGAAAUAAAACAAAUAAAGUCUCCCGUCUCUCUUAAUCUCCUCCCGCAUCUUCUUCGAUCCAAUCACAAUGACGAACAGGGCUGCUGGUGGAGGUCUGAUCCGCGAUUGCCUGGGAAGAUGCCAUGGAGCGUUUGCUGCGAACUAUGGGAACUGCUCCAUAACAAGAGCAGAACUAAAAGCUGCAGAGUUUGGACUCUCGAUGGCUUGGAGUUUGGGAUUCAGGAAGGUGCACCUCUGCCUUGACUCAAGUAUUGCGAUCAACAUCAUCAAGAAAAAGAAUGAUGCCGCCAACAAACAUGGUCUUCUCACACUCGAGAUUAACAGACUUCUGGCUUUGGAUUGGGAUGUACAGAUUUCCCAUUUUUUUUAGAGAACGCAACAACACUGCUGAUUUUUUAGCUCACAGAGGCAAUGGCCUUCAUUUUGGAGCCCAUGACUUUGAUUUUUCUGAUCCGGGGCUUAGCCACUGGCUUUCUUUUGAUGUAAUGGGCAUCACCCAUGAACGUUUAGUUAAUACGAAUUAAGACGCCAUUGGCGUCUGUCUUCCUACAAAAAAAAAGAGGCAAUCUGUCUCAAUAAUUAGCUCCUGAAUAUAGAGCUGCUUUAUCAUACUAAUCCUGAACUCAACCGCUGGCGCUUUGGCCAUUUCGCGAUCCCAUGAGUUAGAGAUUUUUUAGCAACAAAAAAGAUAAACUUAAUUAUGAUUGUAAAAUUAUAUAGACUUUUAUAAAAUUUAAAUGAAAAUUAUUACGGUAUUAAUAAUUUCUUCGUGUACUUGAAACUAUCGUGUACAUUAAUGGUAUGUAAAUAUACCACAAUAAUACAAAUUUAUACCAUAAUAGUUCAUGAUUGAUACUAUGUUAGCAUAGUUUUGAAACAACGUAACAUGAUAACAUAGCACACGACAAUAAUCGUGUCUUCAAAAAAAUAAAUAUCAUUAUGUAAACCACACAUAAUAUAAUUUUAACGCACAAAAAUAUUUAAAUUCAUAUUUGAAAUAAAGGAAGUAUCCUCACCAAAAAAAGAAAUAAAGAAAGUAUGAAUCGAUAGAUAUAAGAGGGGUAAUUAAGAAAAAGUAAAAAUGAGUGGCAUGUGUCAAACUGUAAUAAGAUGAUUGGAACAAUAAGAAUACUAAUAAAAUAAAAAUGAAACUAUUAUAAUAUGGACGCUUUCUGUGGUGCAGUGACGGCACUAGUGCCGCCACAUUGUCAACCGUGGGAUUUACUUGAUUAAAGCAGGACCAUUGAUUACUACACAUCAUUUAACUAGAUUUGGUUGAACCCAUUAUAGUUGGUUGAACCUAUUUAUAUUUAAAUAUUUUAUAUAAUUAUUAUAUCUCUCUUACUGGUCGGAUUGUUUAUUAGUCCAAAAACUUCAGAAUCCAAACCUGAGACGAGGGUCUGAUUGCUCGGAGACAUUGGAGGCGAUGUAGGGUAGUGCUAGCGGUCGACGAAAGCUGCUAAAGACGGCCAAUCGAAAGUCGAAAUCGAUGAGCUUGGGCGCGACACAGAUGAACGAGGGCGGAAAGAAGAGGCUUGCGAUGAACAGCCGAUUGAUUACGGCGCUGAUUUUCGCUGACUAUAUGGAAUCGAGAUAUUGGUACCAAUGAUCGGCCGAUCCAAUCCAAUGUUAUGGUGGGAUUGCUAGUGCAAAUUUUGAUUUCCUGUGCAAUUCACAGGAACUAGAAAAAAGAAAGGAGUGAGGAGGAACGGAAGAGACGAUGAAGCUAAUAUUUGAUUUUGUUUUUUUUUUUUCCUCAUUAAUUUAAUUCCUAAAUCGGACUCACCCACAACACAUAUGACAUACCCAACAGACCGCUCAAACCAUUCCAAACCUAUUAUAGCCGGCCGACGGCACUGGUGCCGCUACGACACCAUAGAAUCCGCCUAUAAUAUGAUAUAUGUUGAAGCCAAAAAGGAGGAGUUAAACGGAAAAAAUAGGAAGUUUUGAA